AUGUCUGAAUACGAAGCUCGCCGACUUGAGAAUAUAAAGCGAAAUGAGGCGCUUGUGAAGAACCUCGGGCUCCAGACUGGCUCCAUUGCUAGGGAUGAAGCGGGACGAAAGACCGCGGAUCGGAAACAGCCCGCUGCAAAACGUCGCAAGCUUCAUACCAGCCAACCUACACGAACAUCAGCUCGAAUUGCAAGUACAUCAACUCAGCCAACUUACAAUGAAGACGCUCAACAAGACCCGUCUCUGUCAAAGCGGAAAUCUCACAAAAGCGCACCAGUUCCUAGGAGUCCAAGUCCGCAUCUGUCGCCUACCCAAGAUCUUAAAGCCUUAAUCGCAAAUUGGUCAUCAUGGACUCCCACACAACCCCCUCCAACGCGCGACGUAGAAGGGACCUACCACUUCGCAUCGCACCCCCAAUUCACCCCCAACAAGUCCCCCGAAGCCAUAAUCCGCGAAGGUUCCUUCGGCGGCACAUACUGGCGGCCCCUCUACUCGCACCACCUGCACACCACCAUCUCCGAAGACUGGCGCGAGUUACCUUUAUCCUGGACCUCAGGCCUCGACGCGCAAAAGUACCUUACUAACGAGACCUACGACCCCGAAGUCAACAAAUACGGCGUUUCUUGCGGGCAGUCCAUCGAGGAGUGGGAAGCGGCCGGGUGGAUCGCGCACGAGCACGACGUGCGCGGCUGGUUCCAGUGGUACUGCCGCUUCUGGCUCGGGCGGCGGUGCGCGGAUGACGAGCGCCAGAUUAGUCGGUGGCGGAAGUGCGUUGGGGAGACGGGGCGCUGGCGUAGGACGUUGCUUAGGAAGUAUGUGCAGAUGGGCGUACGGAGCGUGACAGACGAAGGAGACGAUGAAGGAGAUGGGGAAGAGAAAGGGGAUGUGAGUCCUGUUGUUCACCAGACUUGUCACCAUUGGGCUUGGGAGGUGAGACAGGAGGCGCUGGACCGGUUUUGGGCGGAGGGGAAAUAACGCCAUGCAGUGUGGAGGUGGUUCACGAUACCCUACGCUCACAGUUUGGAGGCAUGAUGUCUACUGUCCAGAUGCUCAUGGUUUGCGAUAAAAGUGGUUGAUUAAAAUUGAUGUGUUUAUCAAACAGAUUAGAAAUUUGGAUUAUUCAAGGUACAUAUUGUCACAAAUAUGGUCGCUCGCACACGGUUUUCACUCCUCAUAACCGUAUGUCAGGAAACUACUUACCGGCCAUCCGUUGGCCACGGUGUACUCCUUCAGAGAAGUUGUUCCGUGGAGCACCUUGUAGUCCGUCAUCGUCCC